GGCUAGCUUGAACGGUAGGCUGAGGGGCGGAUAAGCAGCAGCGGCAGCGGCGGAGAAGGAGAAGAAGCGGGCAGCGGAGGGAUUAUUUCUCGCCCGCUCCGACAUGGCCGGACAGCAGUUCCAAUAUGACGACAGCGGCAAUACGUUUUUCUACUUUCUUACGUCCUUCGUUGGUUUAAUUGUCAUCCCGGCCACCUAUUACCUCUGGCCGCGGGAUCAGAAUGCAGAACAAUUGCGGUUGAAGAGCUUGCGAAGAGUUCAUGGGAGAUGUCUGUGGUAUCGCCUCAGACUCAUGAAAUCACAGCAGAGCAUUGUUCCAACACUAAAAAAAGCAGCCCUGCUGUUUGGUUGGGCUGUUUUUAUCUUCCUGGCUUAUAAGGUGUCUAAAUUAGAUCGCGAGUACCAGGAGUAUAACCCCUUUGAGGUUCUAAAUCUAGAUCCGGGGGCAUCUGUGUCCGAAAUCAAGAAGCAGUACAGAGCGUUGUCCCUGAAAUAUCACCCUGACAAAGGAGGAGAUGAGGUCAUGUUCAUGAAGAUCGCUAAAGCUUAUUCAGCUUUAACCAACGAUGAAUCGAGGAAUAACUGGGAGACCUAUGGCAACCCAGACGGCCCUAGAGUAACAAGUUUUGGAAUUGCUCUUCCUGCAUGGAUUGUUGAUCAGAAGAACUCCAUGCUGGUGCUGCUGGUGUACGGUUUAGCCUUUAUGGUCAUUCUUCCAGUGGUUGUGGGUACAUGGUGGUACCGCUCCAUUCGUUACAGCGGGGAUCAGAUCCUUAUCAACACGACCCAGCUCUUCAUGCACUUUAUGUACAAAACCCCUACUAUGAACAUGAAGCGGCUAGUGAUGGUGCUCACGGCAGCCUUCGAAUUCGACCCACGGAGCAACAAAGAAGCUAUUAUAAGACCAACGGACAACAUUGAAGUUCCACAGCUGAUUCGAGAGCUGGGGAACAUCAACGUGAAGAAGAAGGAGCCUCCGUUUUGUUACCCGUACAGUCUGAAAGCUCGUGUGCUUGUGCUCACGCAUCUCGCCCGGAUGGAGGUGUCUGAGAACAUCGAAGAAGAUCAGCGUUUCGUAGUCAAAAAGUGCCCAGCUUUACUGCAGGAGAUGAUCAAUGUUGGUUGCCAGCUUACAAUGAUGGCUACUAGCAGAGGAGGUUUCCGUGCUCCUCGACUGUCCUCUAUUGAGAACUGUAUGAAGCUAUCUCAGAUGGUGGUGCAGGGGCUACAGGAGGCCAAGUCUCCUUUACUCCAGCUGCCCCACUUCGAGGAAGAGCACCUGAGAUACUGCAUCUCCAAAAAGUAUAAGGUACGGAGCCUUCAGGACCUGGUGAGUCUGAAGGACUCUGACAGGAGGAACAUGUUGAGGUUUCUGGGCGAGGCGAAGUAUGACGAGGUUAUAGCAGUCCUCGGAAGCUUCCCCCACAUCACCAUGGAAACCAAACUUCAAGUGCUGGACGACGAAGACAGUAAUAACAUCACAGCUGGAUCCAUCGUCACGGUUACAGUCACCUUGACACGGAAGAGGAUGUCUGAGGUUUUUGAGAAGGAGCAGGAGACUCCAGCACCCGUGGACGAGGCCAACACGGAGGAGCAAGGUGACGGCGCUAAGAACAAAAUGAAAGUCUGGCAGAACAAGAAUAAAGGUGCUAAGAAAGCGGCCAAGUCCAAAAAGAAGAAGCUGACGAAGAAGAAGCCAGUCUCUCAGCAGCAGGCCAAAGGAGACAAGGCCAAACAGGCUAAUGGCAACGUGGCAGGAAACGAAAUGACUGCAGCAGCCAAAGAGGAAGAUGAAGAGCUUUCUGACAAGGGCAGCGAAUCGGACGAAGCGGAGGCAAACAAGGACUCGCCCAGCGAGAGAGACGAUGAGAGUGACAAACAGAGCGACACAGAGGCAGACGAGGUCGCCGGAGACGAUGAGGAGGAGUGGGAAGCCCUGCAACAGAGCAUCCAGCGGCGAGAGCGAGCCUUGCUGGAGACCAAGUCCAAGAUCACGCAUCCUGUGUACAGUUUAUACUUCCCAGAAGAGAAGCAGGAGUGGUGGUGGCUCUACAUCGCUGACCGCAAGGAUCAGACGCUGGUGUCCAUGCCAUACCACGUCUGCACUCUUAAAGACACAGAGGAGGUCGAGCUGAAAUUCCCUGCUCCAUCCAAAACAGGGAACUAUCAGUAUUCAGUGAUUCUGCGGUCAGACUCGUAUAUGGGGCUGGAUCAGAUCAAGCCGCUGAAGUUGGAGGUGCAUGAAGCGAAGGCCAUACUAGACAACCAUCCACAGUGGGACAUCCCAGAGACUGAGGAAGAAGAGGAGGACCAGGAGGACAGCGACGGAAUUGAGGAGUCGGAAGAAGAUGACGAAGACAAUGACUAAUCCAGCCAACCCUAUACGAACUGACUCUCAUACACCCAUGUGCCCUGUCAUGUUCUCACUCACACACACACACACACACACACACACACACACACACACAAGCAGCGCCAUAAACAGUGUAAACUCAAACGUGACAUUUAAGAGGUAUAUAAUGGCCCUCCAUGUUUUUUUGGUUUCUUUUUUUGUUUUGGUUUGUUUUUUUCUUGUUUUAUAUAUAAAUUCCUGUUCUGUUCAUCUUGAAAUCCAAAAUGGCUGCCGGCUCUCUGCCGCCCCCAAAAUGACGCGUUUUUACCAAGUGCCGUUUAAGAGAAAUAAACAGACUGCUUCCCUCAAAACAGACACCUCAUGAUCAUCUUUUAUUUUUAUAUUGAUUCCUUAUUUGUUUUUUUUUGUUUUGUUUGUUUUUGUUUGAACAGACGAACUGAUCGGGAAAUUGGCAGUGAGAGCUGGACAGGGGUAACGGGUGUGUAUGGUGUCGAGUUGUAAUGCUGAGUAGGGAGGCGUAAAUAUUAAUCAUCUCACUUUUAUUCUAAUUCGUGAUCUUCAGCUCAGCUCGUGGCGCUCCUCAUCUCCUCCUCGUGAUGAUCUCAGACAUUCCACAGCCAGGUUUCUAGAGCGCUCUAGCCUAUGUUUUUUAGUGUGUCUUGGUCCAAAUACAGACCUGUGUGUAUUAAUUCCGCAGGUAUUUAGCUGCUGUUUUCUUUUUGUAUUAUUAUUAUUAUUAUUAUUAUUAUUAUUAUUAUUAUUAUUAAUAAAUCAGUGAUAUCUUUCCUCUAAGAUCACUGCAGCUAACAGCACACUAACUCCAUGGCACUGUGUCUCUAGGAAUUUUCUUGAUGACGUAUCGGAUUUCAAUUUCAAAGCAACAAUAAGAUCAUUUCAAACCUUUUCAUAUUUUAAUUACCUAUGAUUAAAUAAUGCCUUAUUCUUAUUUGGAAAGUAUAAAGAGCAUCGAUUUAAAAAAAACAAAAACAAACAUUAAUUAUACACUUUAAGAGGUUUUUUUUUUUUGCGUGUAUUUCCACACCUUUGAAGUGUGUUUUUCUUGUUUAAUGAAUAGCUAACGAUCAGUUUUAAAUCUAGUAAUCAAUUCCAGUUAUCCCUUAUAUACACUAUAUUGCCAAAAGUUUUGGGACACCCCUCCACAUCAUUGAAUUCUUAUCCCCUUAGUUCCAGUGAAAGGAACUCUUAAUGCUUCAGCUUCAUACCAAGACAUUUUGGACAAUUUCAUGCUCUUUGUGGGAACCGUUUGGGGAUGACCCCUUCCUGUUCCAACAUGACUGCACACCAGUACACAAAGCAAGGUCCAUAAAGACAUGGAUGAGUGAGUUUGGUGUGGAGGAACUUGACUGGCCUGCACAGAGUCCUGACCUCAACCCCAUAGAACACUUUUGGUAUGAAUUAGAGCGGAGACUGUGAGCCAGGCCUUCUCGUCCAACAUCAGUGCCUGACCUCUCAAAUGCACUUUUUCUAGAGGAAUGGUCAAAAAUUCCCAUGAACACACUCCUAAAACCUUGUGGAAAGCCUUCCCAGAAGAGUUGAAGCUGUUAUAGCUGCAAAGGGCGGGACGACGCCAUAAUACAUUCAUGUGCAUGUAAAGGCAGACGUCCCAAAUACUUUGGUAAUAUAGUGUGUAUCUCUCUCUCUCUCUAAACCUUAUUUAAAUUAAUUUAAAAGGCAGUGUAUACAGUGGGUUAUUUAUAUGAUGAGAAAUUCUAUCACAUUCGUUGACUAGGUCUGUAGGUGCUCCACAGCAGGCCAUGUUUUCUCCCUCUUAGCAUUUUGCUAGUAUUUAGAUAAGAUAGUUUGUCUAUUUUUAUAUCAAUUUAUUUUUGCGAUCAUGUUUCAUCAGAGUGUUUUGGAAUUUUUUUUUUUUUUUAAUUUUAAGGGAAGGGUUGGUGGUUAUUGACCAGGCGGAGGCGACGUACAGUCUUGUGGUUUCGAACAGUGGAUCGUUUGGUGCGUUUUAUGUCAGCAGGAUGAGCAGUAAGAGACGACUCUAGCUUUAUUCUCCCUCCUGAGAAGCUCUUUGUUUAGGCUGUGACAUGUCUCUAGUCGUGAUGUGGAGAUUAUUAACAGCCCGGAUGCCCCACGUCUCCCUUUAGACCCUGCUAUAAUAAUAAAAAGGGACGGAUUUAGCCUUCCUGUGGACGUCAUUAUUUUUAUUUCCAUCAAGUAUUUUGCAACUGGGAUUUUUUUUAAUUUUUUCCAUAAUUUUAUUAUUAUUAUUAUUAUUAUUAUUAUUAUUAUUAUUAUUAUUUUGUCUGAAGGUGUCCGGCUGUGCUUGAACAUGUAUCUGGAUAUGUAUAAAAUAUCUUUCUUUAAUUAACCCCCACCCCACCCUUUUUUAUUUUAUUUUACUACUUCUGUUUUGUUUUUGUUUUUAAGCUAAUAAUACAGGACAUAAUGGACCCCAGUGGCACGUUUAUAUGUAUUUUAAAGGUUCAUAUGAAAGUUUGCUCAUUUUUUAUUAGCCCAUCUUUUAGACCCUUAUUAUUUUUUGAAUUAGCAUUAAACAAAAUGCUUUUUGUGUCUUUAAAGAGAAAGCAUUGUAUGCUUGGUUUCACACACACACACACACACACACCUCAAUGUCCAGAUGGUUAGACAGUUUAGUGUUACAGAUCCACAGAAGUGUAGUGUCCUUUAGAACGAAGCUGUGACAUGAAAAAUACGGUGAGAAUAAGCCUUUGUGUACACAGACACACACACAAACCACACACACACACACACACACACAGGCUUGACAUGUAUAGCCCAGCAAAACAAGCCAGAAAAGAGGUGUAGAACCCAGAAAACCAGUAUGUCUGCCACUUUUGUUUACGAAGAAUACUCAUUGUAAAAAAAAAAAAAAAAAAUGGAAAUAUAUAUUAUUUGUAUUUAAGUCAUUUCAAAUAAAAUAAUUUUUAAAAUUA